ACUCGUGAGUAUAGUUCGGUUAAAUUUCUGUCAGUGUACUCGGUGGCAACGCAGUUCUACAGCUGAUUUUGAAAGGCACAGAGAGGAGGCACGCCACACGGGCGAUGUUUUACUAGUGAUUGUUGUUUCAUUUUUGUUUGAUUAAUUUUCAUUGGUGCAAAUGUACAUUAUUCCUUUGUUUCUUUAUUAUUUCAGAUAAUUUUUUUUUUUUGUUUUUAAUUUUAUUUUACAAAUCUCUUGGUGUCAUUGUCUUGGUUGUGUAUAAUCGCGAGUGAAUAUAUAUAUUUUUUUUGUUUGUUAUGUGAAUACUUCAUGGAUACAUGUGAUAUUUAACAUAUAUAUAUAAAUAUGUUUAUAUAUAGUAUUCAAUAAGUGAAAAUUUCAAAUUUGAAAAAAAAAUCAUACUUUAAAUUCACCCUAUUAAGAUUGGGAGUUGUGCGCGCGCGAUUUUAAUGUGGAAUUAUUGUGCCACAAAUUCGAGAUCAAUAAAAGAAGAGAGGAAUUUUUUAAUAUUUGCAAAUUUUUAUAUAUAAUAACCCUUUUUGGUGCUGAAACUAAUGACACACGGGCCAAGAGACUUAAGUAGCGUGAUCCACGUUUUGUCAGACGAGAUCGAAAUUUUUCUGCCCUUCACAGUGGUAUGACUGCGGCCUUCUCGAACACCUUUGUUCGUUCGUUCGAAGUGAGAAUUGGAAUCAGCAUAAAAUGGCAGAUUUGAAGAAUCUGACACAUGGGUCAGGCGGUGGAACUAAAUUUCUUGGUUUUGAUCAAGUACAAUUUAUUGCCAGUGCCAGUAAUCAAGGAGACAAUCAAAUUGCAAUUAGAUCUCCACCGCCAACGUUACAUCUAGAGAAUCUUAAUAAUGCAAUGCACGGGGGUUCACAAAAUAAUUUACACGUGUCCUGUAAUGGUGCUGCGACAAAUGGUUCAGCGGGAGUUAUUUCAAGUGGACUUUUAGCGAGAAAGGUGCCUAAUCAUGUUGGUGCUAGUCCGGGCGAGCCUAAUAAAAAACCAACCGUUUCUCUCACACAUUUACCAAAAAGACCGCCAGUCGACAUAGAAUUCAAAGAUUUAUCCUUCAGUGUUUCUGAAGGUAGAAAGAGAGGUUACAAAACAAUUCUAAAAUGUGUCAACGGAAAAUUCAGAUCCGGAGAACUCACAGCAAUUAUGGGACCAUCUGGAGCAGGAAAAAGUACACUUAUGAAUGUUCUCGCUGGAUACAAAACUUCGAAUUUAAGUGGAUCUGUUUUAAUAAACGGAAAAGACAGAAAUCUUCGAAGAUUUCGUAAAAUGUCCUGCUAUAUUAUGCAGGAUGAUUGUUUAAUGCCAUAUUUAACAGUAUACGAAGCAAUGACAGUCUCAGCGAAUCUCAAAUUGGGCAAAGAUAUUAGUGUUGCUGCCAAAAAAGUUGUUGUUGAAGAAAUCAUCGAAACCUUGGGCCUAAGCGAUGCGAGUAAUACCCAAGCGGUUUGUUUAAGUGGAGGUCAACGAAAAAGAUUGUCCAUUGCUUUGGAACUUGUCAAUAAUCCACCCGUGAUGUUCUUUGAUGAGCCUACUUCCGGUCUCGAUAGUUCUUCCUGUUUUCAGUGCCUCAGUCUUUUAAAAUCACUAAGCAGAGGAGGAAGGACCAUUAUUUGUACAAUUCAUCAGCCAAGUGCGAGGCUUUUUGAAAUGUUUGAUAAACUCUACCUUUUAGCAGAAGGACAAUGUAUAUAUCAAGGAAAUGUAGGUGGGCUUGUGCCCUUUUUAUCAUCAAUGGGACUCGAUUGUCCGAGUUAUCAUAAUCCAGCUGAUUACGUCAUGGAAGUUGCAAGUGGAGAACAUGGCGAAUGUGCGCACAAAUUAGUAAUGGCCGUUAAUAAUGGCAAAUGUAAUAAUUAUCAGCAUUAUCAGGCGACAUUUGCGGCAGCACAUGCAUUAUCGAAUGAGAUUGCAAAACAAUCGUCACCGCAGGAACAAACAAAAUCUGAUGAUACGCCAUUAAUUCCAAAUGGUGUCGCAAAAGGAACUGGUGGACAAGCCGUUGUCAAUAUGCCCGUUUCUUGCACAACUUCACUAUUAGAUAGUGCUGAAAGUAUAGAACAAAAAGUCGGUUUUCCAACUAGUAGCUGGGUUCAAUUUUGGAUUCUUCUCAAGCGGACAUUUUUAUCACAAUACAGAGACAUGACACUAACGAGGGUAAGACUGAUUUCACACAUCGUCGUUGGAUUUUUGAUUGGUGCUAUUUAUUACCAAAUCGGAAAUGACGCUGCCGUGGUUACAAGUAAUUCUGGUUGCAUUUUUUUCACCGUCAUGUUUAUCAUGUUUACCGCAAUGAUGCCUACGGUCCUUACGUUUCCAGUAGAAAUGGCUGUAUUUGUAAGAGAACAUUUAAAUUAUUGGUAUUCUCUGAAGGCGUUUUACCUUGCGAGAACUUUAUGUGAUAUACCAUUUCAAAUAGUAUAUUCCGCAGUAUAUGUGAUGAUUGUCUACUUCAUGACCGCACAACCUUUGGAGUUGGAAAGGUUUUUCAUGUUUCUAAAUAUUUGUAUAUUAACUUCUCUCGUGUCUCAGUCAAUUGGUCUAUUAAUUGGAGCAGCAAUGAGUGUUGAGACGGGUGUUUUUAUCGGUCCAGUGUCGACGGUCCCAGUAAUUCUUUUCUCGGGAUUUUUCGUCAAAUUCAAAGCAAUUCCAUCGUAUUUGAAAAUUUUGUCUUACGUCUCCUAUGUAAGAUAUGGAUUUGAAGGUGCAAUGAUCUCAAUAUAUGGAUAUAAAAGAGAAAAAUUAAAAUGUUCAGAGCCUUAUUGUCAUUUUAAAAGUCCACAAAAAUUCCUCGAAGAAAUGUCAAUGGUCGACGCUGUUUAUUGGAUUGACGUUGUGGCUCUCGUUAGUUUCCUCAUUGGCCUCAGGAUCGUCGCCUAUUUUGUUCUUAGGCUCAAGCUUAGAUCAUUACGUUAAAAAAAUUUUUAUUUUUUUUUCAACUUUAUAGGAAAUUGAAUAAUAAUAAUUAUUAUUAUUACUAAACAAUCAAUCGCUCUGAGCGCGUUGACAUAUUCAAGACAUUGACUGAGCUUCUUCAACAAAAAAAUUAUUAAAAAAAAAAGAAGAAGAAAAGAAAAAAAUCAACACUUUCGGACCAGAUGUUAUAAUAAAAUUUGAGAUAUAUUCAAUUUAAAAAAAUAUAUAUUUAGAAUUAUCGAAGUAAUUGUUUAAAAAAUAUAAAAUGAGGAAAUGAAUCCCAAAAAAUAGAUUUUCGAUGAGAGGUAACUUUUCUUUCUUUCGACUCAAACUCAAGAUUGAUUAGUUGCCUUAUAGGUUUUGCAGCUGCUUUAUUCAUAUAUAUAAAAAAGCAAUGAAACAAAAGAAGUUCUUUCCAGCUUUAAAUUUUGUAACUUUUUAUAUAUAAAAAAAGAAACUAAAAAAAAAAGUUUUUUGACGUAAACUUGACAAAAAAAAAAAAAAUGUUUACACUCAAACUUAACGAAUAUUUUAUAUAAAUCAUUGCUGCGCCGAGAAUUUUUUGGUAGCAGUUCUGUUUCUAUUUUUUAUGAAGAGUUUGGGUCACUGAAGACACACACACAAUUAGUUUAGAUUUUUAAUGUUUAGCUUGUAAGUUAUUAGAUAGAAAAAUUCAAAGAGAAAAUUGUUAUCAAAUCCCCGCCACCCCGAAAAAAAAAGAAUAACGUCUAUUUUAUAUAGACGAAAAAUUAUAUUUGUGAAAAAAAAACAAAUUUUCAGAGGGUCAUAAUCAAAAUAUUAAAAAAGAAUCGAAAAGAAAUUAUAAUUUUAGAUUUAAAUUUAAAAAAAAAAAAACAUUUAUGGAAAAUCUAUUUUAUGUUAAAAAUAAAAUUUUUACUUAUUAAAAUCUCUUUUUUAAUAAAUAUAUAAAAAUAUGUGUUUUUAUUAAAAUACAACCUUCUGAAUUUUUGAAGAAUACAGUCCAUUCUUUUUUUUUUGAAAAAAAAAAAAACUGCCGAUUACGAACUGCGUAACGUCAGUUUAUAUAAAUGUAUAAAAAAAAGAAUAUAACAUAAUUUCAAAAUAUCAGUGAAACUUACUCGCCAUAAUAAAAGGGAUUUUAGAAUCCAAAUUGAAUACUUUUUACUUCCCUCCAUUUAUUAAGAAAAAGCGAAGUUUCACUGACUUUAGGUCCUGUUUAUUAAAAAUUUGGCGUCAAAGCGUACGAAUUAGAAUUUUAGAAUCUUUUUUACCAAUCUUCUGAUUGUAAUUAUCUUCGUAGUAUAUCCAAUCAUUUCAAUAUGCAAAUAAUACUGUGUCAAAGUAUAAAACUAAAAUUAAAAAAAACUUUUUAUAUUUAUGUCAGUCCACUGAAAAUCAUGUCAUAUUUUGAAAAAUUCUAGUUUUAACCCUUAAAAUGGCACAAUGGGUCCAGUAGACCCGAGCAUUUUUUUUCGAGCUCAAAUUAAUUGAAUGUGUAGCUUUUGAAUAUUUUUUAUAUUUUAAUUUAUUAAUUUGACAUAUAUUAGUAAUUUUGUAAGUUUUUUGAUACAACUAAUUUCGAUACAAACAAAUAAAUUAGCUUCAAAAAUUAAUAAUUAUAAAUUUUUAAUUUUAACCCAAAAAUUCAAAUUUUAUUUUGCAAAAUAAAUAUCCUUUUUUGCAAGGCAUGCUGUUGUGGUAAUUUUUUCCUUAAAGAAAAAUAGUAUAACCUUAAAUUUUUAAGUCAUAAUAUUAAAAUUUAAAUAACUCAUGAAUUUUUAAGUAAAAACACGCAAUUUUUUGUUUUUAUUUUUCACAAUUUUUUUUAACUAACUUAAAAUAAAUUAAUUCCUGUAAAACUAAUUAUAUUUCAAAAAACACAUUAUAAGGUACUUUAUGAUUAAAUUUUUGUGCGCAAAAAUAUUCAAUACCGGCUGUACAAUACACAUUUGAAUACGUCGGGUUCAGCAGACCCAUUGUGCCAUUUACGUUUUAAAAAACAUUAUCGUCAACGAACUCAGAAAUUGAUCGAGUUUCACAUAUAUUAAAACAAGAUUUUUUUCAAAAUCUGCCAGCAACCACUUUCAGAUGAUUUUCAGUGGACUGACUUCAUUUGACUGUUGACAAUAAGAAACUAAAAAAAAAUCGUAUCUAAUAUAAAUUUUUUUUAUUUAGAGAAAAUAAACUGUUGUUAUGUAUAUAUUUUUUUACCUUUAAAUUAAAAAAAAAUCUGAUCUUACCCCAAAAAACUAAUAUUUAUAACAGAGAUAAAAAUUGCAACUAAAAAAAAAAAUUUUCACAAAUUCACUUUGAAACCAUACGGAAAAAUUUUAUUAAAACCGACAAAACUUGUCAUAUUUGAAAAAUGACGAAACAAAUAAAAAUUUUUGUUUAUAAAACCAUUUUUUAGGCUCUGAAGUAAAAAUUUGUCUACAUUCGGAAUUACAUUUCUUUAUUUUUUUUUUUAGUUUUUUACAGUCGACAGUUGAUAAAUUUUUUCUUUUUUUAUUGUCACUAUAACACAGUAAAAUAAUAAUAAUAAUAAUGUCUUUCAAUCGAAAAGUACUGAGAAAAAAAAAGAGCAGCGUGUUUUAAGAUAUUUAAAUAUUGCCUUGGAAAGUUAUAAGAGUAUUUCCAAUUCAACGACCUAGAUUUUUUAAAUUUCAACAAUAUUUACAGUCAAAAGUAAAUUUUUAAAUGUAUAACCAUUUUUAAUGCUUUUAAUAACCAAUUUAUAAAUAGAAAACAUUUUUAAAAAAAAAGCAUUUUCAAUUCUAAUAAAAGUCAAUAAUUUUUCUUAACGAAAAAAUAAAAUGUCCUUAUUGAUGAAAUCAGUUUAUAAUAAUUAGAAAAUACAUCAAAAAGGAAUUAUAUAUACAUAGGUGAAUUGAAAAAAAAAAAAAACAAGAAAAAACAUAAAUGCGAUUUCCUUAAAAUAAGCUGCCAUUGCAAAUAUUUUUUAGAUUUACGUGCCGCCGAGACGCCUGAGUAUUUUAUUUAUUUAUUGAUUUUUUUUUUAAAAAAGGAGAAUCUAUAAUGAUUAACGUAAUUUGCAACUGUAAAUAAAAUGUAUUUUUUAUUUUAAUUGCAAAAUUUUUAUCAUUUUUUAUUACUUGAUAAUUUAGAAAAAAAAAAUUUAAUUAAUUUUUAAUGAAUUAGUUUUUAAUUUAAAAAAUUAAAUUUACAAUUUUUUGUAAAGAGAAAUUUGUUUAAAUGAAAAAUAAAAUUAUCACUAAAAUUACGUUUAAUUGGAUGGAUUCUACUUUUGUAUAUAUAUAUAAUAUAAUUUAGUGACAGAUUUUAUAGUUAUUUGUUUAUGUAAUACACGAUUAUAAAGAUUAAAUUUUCAUGAACAAAUUUUGCAAUGUAAGUUGUUCAUAAAUACUUGACCAAACUCUGGCUGCUUGAAAAAUUGCUUCUAUUAAAGUGCAAAAGCAGUUACAAUUAUUAUUAUUAUAUAAUAAAUGUAGAUAAUUGACAAAUCGAAUGUUUGGUGAAUGUUAUUUGUGUAAUAUUUCUUUUUUUAUUCGUGGAACGAAUGAUUUUUAUUGGUGCUUAAUUAAGUUUAUUUCUUUUUUUAUUAUUACAAUUUUUUAUAACUAUAAUUUUAUUAUUAUUAUUAUUAUUAUUAUAUAUUUAUGAAUAUAUUAGGCAAGCAAAGCAGAUAAGCUGCGAAAAAUAUUUAGACUUGCUUAUAUACAGCGAAAAAAGACUAAGAUCGCAUUGUGAAUUGUUAGAGUAGUUUUUAGAUUAAUAAGGUUAUUAUGUAUUGAAUAGAGAACAAGUUUUUUUAUUAAAUGAAAGUGAAAUAUUAAUAA